AUGUUUAAUAUUGAUUAUUCUUGUACAUAUAUUGAUCACUUAAACGAUCCUAUAUAGGGCUUUUGCUUAAACUCAGACUGUUAAUGUUCUCAAAAAUAGUUCUGUUUGAAAUGUAUUCAAGAUGUAGAUAAACACUCAAAGCAUAAAGAAGAUUGUAAAGGUUUCAAUGAAAUUCUUGGUUUAUUAACAAAAAAUAUUGCCACAUUCUCCAAUCUAUAUAAAGAAUUAGAAGGCUUAUUUCUAGAAGUUAGAGCAAUUUAUGAUAAAUAAUUAAAAGAAAUAGAUGCUACUAAGAGCAAAUUAAUUACUCUCUAGCAGAUGCUUGAAGAAUAGAAUUAUUAGGAAUUAAGAGAAAGUUCUAAUUUAUCAAUUUUAAGAUUUAUGUAUUCAUUGACUUGGAAUAGCAAAUUGGGAUUAAACAAUUCCUAUAGUAUACUUUAAUUUUAUAACAUAUAGAAAAUGAACUAUUGAUCUAAGAUCCACGAUUCAAGAACCUCAAACUGCUAUUAACUUCAUUCGAGUCACUGAAAAUUUAAACUACAAAUAAUGUCGGAAAUUCCUUUGUAUGUGUCCAAUAGUAGGGUACUGAUCCAGAGAUGUCCUACAUGAAUCAAUCUUAACAAUUAUUUGAAAUAGGUGUACUUUCAAUUAUAUUCAAAUAGGAUUAUAAUAUAUGCAAGAACAUGAAUGGGAGAAAGCAGAUUAGAUAUUUAAGAGAAGUAUAGAUAGGAAUUAGAAUGAUUAUAAGACUUUAUUCUUUUACAGUAUAUUUGAAUAUAAUUUAGGUUGGGUCUUAAUUGAAUUGAAUAAAUGCCAAGAAGCUUAGUCAUUACUAGAAUAAUCUCUUGAAUUGAAUAAAAAUCUUUCUAUUGAUUUACUUAAUUGGUGCGGAUGGGAAAGAAAUACAUCAUUUAAUUCAGUGUUAACAAUUGCUUAAGCUUAUGCCUUAGAAUUGAACGAUAAUUAAGAAAAGGCGAUUCUGCUUUAUGAUUAAGCAAUAAAUUAUGAUAAAAGGCAGACAUUUGCAUAUGCAAGAAAAGGUUUGAUAUAAUCGAUAUAUUUUAGCUACUCUGUUAGUAAAGUUCAAAAUAUAUGAUGCAGCCCUAGAAACUUUAAACGAGGGUUUAAAAAUCACUUAUAAUAAGGCCUUUAUACAUUAUUGUAAAGGUGUUAAUUUUUGAUUAUCAAUAGGAACUGCACUACUUGAGAGCCAAAAAUUACAUGAAGCAUUAAAUUCUUUUAAGGUAGCCUUUUCAUUUGAUCCAAACUUUGGAUUGAACAAUUUUAAUAUCGGUACAAAUUUUCAUCUUUAUUUAGGGAACAUAUUAAGGACUUAACAAAAGCUUGAAGAUGCAUUCAUAUAUAUGGAUUCAGCAAUAAAAAGUGAUCCAAAUCUUCUCAAGGCAUAUACUGGCAAAAGUUAUAUACACUUCUAUAAAAUUAGGUUUGGUUUUAUGCGAGAUGAAAAAGUAUGAUCUGGCGUUGGAUUGUUUAGAGUAAGUAUUGAAGAUUAAUCCAAAUUAUGAAACAGCAUACCAUUUAAGAGGUUUAUUGACAUGAUAUAAUAGGAAAUUGUCUAAAAUAAUAAAGAAAAUUCUAGGAAGCUAUUUAAUAACUAGAUAAAGCCAUAGCUUUAGAUAAUAAAUAUGUGAAUGCAUAUACACUAAAAGGUAUUGAAUUAAACUAAGUUUAAGGAAAUUGCUUAACAUGUUUGAAGUAGUAUAGUAAAGCUUUGUAAUGUUAUGACUAAGCUUUAUCAAUUGAUAAGUAAUGCAUAGAAGUGUAUAUAAAUAAAGGCAUUCUAUUACAAGACUUAAAAAAAUAUAAAGAAGCAAUUGAAUAAUAUGAUUUGGCAUUACGAAUAGAUCCUAAAUGUCCUUUGGCCUAUAAAAAUAAGGGUAUUAAAUGUUAGUUUAUAUUUAGGUGUUAUUUUAGAAACAAUGAAGAAGUUUGAAGAAGCAAUAAUCUGUUAUUAAUUAGCAAUUGAAUUAGGAGAUGCUGAUUCUGAUCAAAUUAAAAAGUGGAUUGGAUCGAUUAAAGUUAAGAAGGGAAUAUCAUGGAUUUUUGGAUAUUGAUGUUGUUAUUAAAUAAUAUAAAAU